AACAUAUUUCCAAACUCUAGAGACUUGAUUGCUUCAAGCAAUUCGAUGGCUUCUUCUUCUCGUCCUCCAGUCAUUUACGAUGUUUUUCUUAGUUUCAGAGGGGACGACACUCGCAACGGGUUUACCAGCCACCUCAAUGCAGCUUUGUGUAGAAGAAAGAUUAAAACUUUCAUUGAUGAUGGACUUAGAAGAGGAGACUGGAUUUCAUCAUCUCUUGUGGAAGCAAUUGAAGGAUCAAAGAUUUCAAUCAUCAUUUUCUCUAAAAACUAUGCUUCUUCUAAAUGGUGCCUUCAAGAACUCGUAAAGAUCCUCGAAUGUAAGGAAAAAUAUGGUCAGAUCGUGACACCCAUUUUCUAUCAUGUAGAUCCUUCAGAUGUAAGGAAGCAAACUGGAAGUUUUGGAGAUGCACUUGCUAAGCAUGAAGUACAAUUUCGGACGGAGAGAGAGAUGUUGCAGGGACGGAGAUGGAGGAAUGCUUUGACGGAAGCUGCCAAUAUAUCUGGGUUUGAUUCAAAUAUUGUUAGGCUUGAAUCAACACUUAUAGAGAAAAUUAUUAAAUAUGUCUUGAAGAGAUUGAAUAAUACGUGUUCUAGUUACAAGAACUUGGUUGGAGUAGCAAUGAAGAUUCAGACAAUUAAAUCUUUAUUAUCUAAUGGGUCGAAUAAUGUAUGCAAAGUAGGAAUUUGGGGCUUGGGUGGCAGUGGCAAAACAACUAUUGCCAAUGCAGUUGAAGGAUUAUAUGAUGAUGAAUCUUUUCAACUGUUUAGCCAACAUGCCUUCAAACAAAACUAUCCCAUCGAUGAAGAUUAUAUGGAGCUGUCAAAUAGAGUAAUACGUUAUGCUAAAGGUGUGUCAUUAGCUCUUAAAGUCUUGGGUUCUUUUCUACUUGAUAAGGGAAAAUAUGAAUGGGAAAGUACAUUGGAAAAAUUAAAAAAUUGUCUAUAUCAAGAUAUUCAAACGGUGCUUAAAAUAAGUUAUGAUGGAUUAGAUAUUGAAGAGAAGAAUUUAUUUCUAGAUAUCGCAUGCUUCUUCAAUAGAUGGGAUAAACAUCUAGUUCGUAGAUUCUCUUCAAGUAUUGGAUUGAGAGUACUUAUUGAUAAAGCUCUCAUAACUAUUUCAUAUGGAAAGGUAGAAGUACAUGAUUUGCUUCAAGAAAUGGGCAUGGAAAUUGUUCGACAAGAAUCCUUGAAUAAACUAGGUGAACAUAGUCGACUGUGGCUUGAUAAUGAUGUCUAUGAUGUAUUGAACAAGAAUAAGGGAACUGAUAAAAUACAAGGCCGACGAUUUAAUAUGUCUGAAAUAAGAGAGAUACACUUAAAUCCUCAUGCUUUCUCAGAGGUGGAUUAUCUAAGAUUGUUAAUAGUGGAUAGAUCAAAAUACAAAGGCAAAUAUAAUAAUGUGCAUGGUUUUGAAGAGCUAGAAUCUGAUUUCACAGAGUUAAGAUGCCUCUGUUGGGAUUUUUAUCCCUUCAAAUCACUGCCUUUGAAAUUUUAUCCUCGGAGCCUUCUUGUACUUAUGAUGCGUUGCAGCAAUCUUAAACAACAAUGGACUGGCAUCAAGGAUGUUGCUAAUUUAAAAUACAUUAACCUCAGUCACUCGGAGCAUCUACUUAUACUCCCAGACCUCUCAGAGGCUCAAAAUCUAGAGUGUUUGAUUCUAAAAGGUUGUACAAGUUUGUUUAAGAUCAUUCCUCCUACUCGGAAUCUCAAUAAACUUGUUGAGUUGAAUCUAAGGAAAUGCAAAAGCCUCACCAGUCUUCCAAUUGGACUUCAAUCCAAGUCUUUAAAAUAUGCUGUUCUCUCAGGCUGCUCUAAUCUCAAGACUGGAACUGCGAUAAAAGAAUUAUCUUCUUCAAUUGAAAGUCCUUCCAGACUAGUUGAAUUGAAUCUUGCGGGUUGUUCAAGGCUUGAAACUCUUCCAAGCAGUGUUUGUAAUUUGGAAUCUAUUCAACGACUUAAUCUUUCUGGUUUGUUACAGGUAAAGUUUGUUUUAGGGAUCCCACGCAAUAUAAAAGAGUUAAAUUUAGACGGAACUGCAAUAAAAGAGCUGCCAUCAUCAAUUGAGAAUGCAUCCCGUCUAGAAAGAUUGAGUCUAAAAGAUUGUUCAAGCCUUGAGAGCCCACCAACAAGCAUCGUGAACCUUUCUAAGUUAAAGCUCCUUAACAUAGGUGUUUGCAAUAGGCUUCAGUCUUUACCAAAGCUUCCGAGUAAUAUAGAAGAACUUAGAGCAGAUAAUUGCAAUAGGCUGAAAGCAAUUUCAGGUUUGGAGAAUCUAAUUCAAAGACAUUGCGGAAGGAUACUCAGCUUCCCUAAUUGUGUCAGUCUGAAUUGGAAUGCAGUCAGAAACAUAUUGCAUGAUGCUGCAUUGGAUAUGUACGCAGAUGAAUUUGAACUAUUCAAUAUGCAAGGGUAUCAUUCAGUACCUGGCAAGCCGCAAGGUGUUAUGUGUUUCCCUGGAAGUGAAAUUCCCGAAUGGUUUAACAUUCAAAGUAGGGGAUCUGUUAUAGAGCUACCAAAAGGUUCAUUCAACCAUAAGAAAUUUUUGGGUUUUGUCUUCUGUGUCAUUGUCAAAGGCCGAGAUUGGAUUAAUUUCUUGAAUGCUGAGUAUGAGUUUCUGGUGAAAUGCCUAAAUGAAUACAUGACAUUUGAUAAAAAAAGGCUUUUCUUUGGACCGACGAUCAUUAAGUCGGAUCACGUAUUGCUGGGGUACAAUUGCAAUACAUGUAAAGCUUUUGAAUUCUCCUGUGACACGGAGGCCAUUAUCACUUUCAAACUUGUGAAAAAUUUAAACAUACUGAAGUGUCGGGUCCGUUUGGUCUUCACCCAAGAAAUUAACGAACCUAUGAAAAGACCAAGAUGUUCCAUCCUUGAUGAAGAGGAAGCAUAUUCUACCUCCCAGCGAUUUAGAUCUUCAAAUUUCUUCAAAGCUCAAUCUAGCUCAAGAUGUUCCAUGAUCGAUGAAGAGCAUGAGGAAGCAUACUCCAGGGGAUUCAAGCCUUCAAAUUUCUUUAAAGGCGAAUCUAGCUCAAAGUAA